AUGUCGCAGCCGAAAUACACAUUCAAACAAACGCUACAAGACGUCACGGUGUACGCUCCGUUAGAGGAGGGCACGCGAGCCAAAACGCUGGACAUCUCAAUUGAGAGAGACACGCUCGCAGUCCGCACCCCCAACGGCGUGCUCGCCGACGGCAAGCUGUACGCACCGAUCGCUGUUGACGAAAGCAGCUGGUCGGUUGUCGAUCAAAAGGAGUUGGUGAUCACCCUGGAAAAAACCAAGGCCGAGUGGUGGCCGCAUGUGCUGGUUGGCGAUCCGGAGAUUGAUAUUAAAAAGAUCCAGCCUGAAAACUCGCGGCUCAGUGAUCUGGAUCAGGAGACCCGGGCCAACGUCGAGAAGAUGAUGUACGACCAGCAACAGCAAAUGCGGGGCCUGCCAACCUCGGACGAGAUGCAAAAGCUCAAUCAACUAGACAAGUUCAAGAAGAUGCAUCCGGAGCUCGAUUUCUCGACCCUCAAGAAAGAAAACAUCCACUUUGGUUAA